GUGGGAGGAGCUCCCCUGUCACGUGGGAUCCCCUGCUAAGUAGAGCUCUGACGUCGAUCCCCGGUCACUGGCUCACUGUGGCGAGAGGAGAACAGCAGCGGACCUCAGCACAGCAGAGAGAGGAGAGGGGAGCAGAGCAGAGCAGAGCAGAGCGCCACGGCAGAGCAGCUGCUUUUUCACAUCCCCUUUCUGGCAGCAGCACAGCUCGGCACGGAGCGAGCAAAGAGGGAGAGAGCAGAGGAGAGGAGAGAAGAGGAGAGCAGAAGAGAAGAGAGGAGAGGCGGAGAAGAAAAGAGAGAAGCCCUUCCCCGUGACCAGCCCUCAGCUUGCACACACAGCCCAAAACAAGAGGAGAGGGGCUGUCUUUUUGCAAGAGCAGAGGGGCCGUCUUUUUCUUCUUUCUGCCUCAGUCAGCCCACUCUCUCUUCCUCUCUCACUGACGCACUCUAUUUUUUUCCUCUCUACAUUUUUCUGUUUUUCUGUGUGUGGCUCGGAGGGAGGAGAGGGAAAGAAGAAGGGGGCUCAGGACGCAGGCAGGCAGGCAGCGCUGCCAUCGUUUCCAUCGGUGCUGAGGUGGCUGCAGCUCACGCCCGCUGGUUCUGCUGACUGGUGGAGCGGCUGUCUUCAGAGAGAUUAAUAUCAGAUGCGUACAAUACCGCACAGGAGAGAAGAGGGGGAGGCGGAGAGAGAGAAGGGAAGGAGGGAGAGAAGGGACUGAACGGAAGACGGGGAGGCGGGGAGAGGGAGAGAGAGAGAGAGGGAAGAACCUGAGGGAUGCUGAUGAAGUUGAUUCUGCGUUUUUUUACCAGCACUUUUUCUUCGUCUACCUCUUCUUCCUUUCUUCAUUCUUGUUCUUCCUGCUCGUCUUCUAGAGACAGACAGAGGUAAGGAAGACAGAGAGAAGGAGGGGGGAAGAGAGAGAAGGAGAUCGACAUCCACAGCUAUAACACAGAGGCUGCAGAAUCACAAAAGAAGAGGACAAACACAAAGAAGAGUCACCUCACAGUACACGAUUAGGAAGGGGCGAAAAGAGAAACAAGCAGAGUAGCGCAGCGAGCCGUUAAGGAGGGAGCAGGAGAGGAACAACUCGCAGAGACCAAGAGGACUUGAGGAGGAGGCAAGAAAACAAUCUGUGGACCAGCGGAAGGGGCUAUCGAGCCAGGCGACCAGCAGGCAAACACACACACGGACACACACACACACAGGCACAGGCACAGGCCACAGGAAAUGGCCAUGUAGGGAUGGCAUCUGACGGAUGGUGUUGCGCUCCGAGACUCUGAUGCACAGCCAAGGCCACCGCUGCUGAUGUGCCCGGAUGAUUAGGGGAUAGGGGAGAGAGAGAGGAGAUCACAUUAUCCCAGAUUAAUCUUUUAGCUUUAUCUCCACCGGUCGCGGCGCAAGUAGAGAGAGGGGGGGAAGAGGGGGAAGGGAGAUGCGGAGAUGGCGAUGCUGUUUGGAAUGUGGCGACAGAAGGCAGCGCCAGCAGCAACAUCCGCUCACCACCGCGACUGCCCGCUAAGAGGCAAGACAAUGAAGACGCUCUGCUCGUGUGAGUGAGGAGCAGCGAGUGAGACCGGGGUGAAAAGAGUUGGUGGCCACUUCAAACGAAGACGACACCAACGACACAGAUGACAACAGACGACACCAACGACAGCAGAUGAUAACAGUCUACUGGCAACAGCAACAAGCUGUUUUCCCGUAGAGGAUAAUAACCACCACUGCUGUGUUCACCUUGGAGGAUAAUACCCAUCGCUGUUGUGCUUCAGUGCAGCAUGCACACCUGCCAAUCACCCCAGCUGGCAAAGCAACACUUCCUGUCAGUUGCCAUGACCACACACGUGUCACUUCCCUCCUAGCUCCUCCACAGAGGGCGAAGGAAAGAAGAGGAGGAGGAGGAGGAGGAGGAGGAGGAGAGAGACAGAGAGCAUCCAGCUCUCUGCACAGCACAGAUAACCCUCAGGCUCUUUAUUUCUCUCGCAGAACAUUUAAUGGUUUCGGCUGUGAGCUCUGCAGUACCCUACCCCCCACAGUCCUUUCUUCUAUUGGCUCAGAACUCAGCCUCACCCCGCCCCCGUGCUCCUCUCUUUGAUGCCAUUGGCUGUGAGCGCAGCAUGGUUGGAUGCGAUUGGCUUUGAGCCGCCCUGUUCCCUCCUCCUGCGCGCGGCACCAUGCAGUGGGCUCGACGGCGUCACUGCUGCCUGGCGCUGAGCUGGGGCUGCAAGCGCUCUCUGCUGCGCGGCCACGUGGUGGCGCUGCUCUCGCUCGCCUCGCUCUCCGCCACGCUGCUCUUCCUCAGCCAACAGGACUGGCUGCCGCUGCCGGGACACUCCAGCCUCCGCGACAACCCCGUCGCCUACACCGUGCCGCACGGGGCCCGGCAGAACCGGGGCGGAGGCGGAGGGGGAGGAGUCAGUAGUGCGGAGAGCAACCAGAGCCAGAGCUCGUCGCUGCGCUCGCUGUGGCGGGAGAUGGGGGGCUUCCUGCCUCCGCAGCGGUCACACGCCAACAUGACCUCCCACCAACAGGGGGAGCCUCUGGCCCCGGCGGCAGAGUUGAGCCUGGAGGACUCCAACAGCAGCCUGCAGGGCGAGAUGGGGGUGGGUGUGGGCGGCCGGCUGGCGGCGCAACCCUAUCGAUACAUCCUCAACGAGCCCAACAAGUGCCGCAACGCUGCCAAUGCCGCACCUGGGGGUGCCAGCGGUUCUGGCGGCGGUCCGUUCCUGGUCCUGCUGAUCUCAGCUGAGCCGGGACAGUUCGACGCCCGUAACGCCAUACGGCAGACGUGGGGCAACGAGAGCGUGGUGGGGGGGCUAGGCUUCGUGCGGCUGUUCCUGCUGGGCAUGUCGGGUGGCGGAGGUGGUGUAUUUGGGGGCUCGUCCCCGGGGUCGGCUGACUCGGCUUCAUCGGGUUCAUCAUCAAGCCUUCAGAUUGCCAUUGAGGAGGAGAGCCGACGUCACCAUGACAUCAUCCAGCAGGAGUACCAUGACACUUACUACAACCUGACCAUCAAGACUCUGAUGGGGAUGAACUGGGUGGCGACGCACUGCCCCGGUGCACGCUACGUCAUGAAGACCGACAGCGACAUGUUCGUCAACACGGAGUAUCUCAUUACCAAGCUGCUGCGGCCGGACGUGCCGCCUAGGACUGACUACUUCACAGGCUACCUGAUGCGCGGCUACGCGCCCAACCGCAACCGCGACAGCAAGUGGUACAUGCCGCCCGAGCUGUACUCCAGCGAGCGCUACCCCAUCUUCUGCUCCGGCACAGGCUACGUGUUCUCAGGCGACAUGGCGGGCAAGAUCUACAGUGCGUCGCUAGGGAUACGGCGGCUGCACCUGGAGGAUGUUUACGUGGGCAUCUGCUUGGCCAAGCUGCGGAUCGACCCGGCGCCUCCACCGAACGAGUUCCUGUUCAACCACUGGCGGGUGUCGUACUCCAGCUGUAAGUACAGUCACCUGAUCACGUCGCAUCAGUUCACGCCCGCCGAGAUCCUCAAGUACUGGCGCCACCUGCAGGACAACAAGAAAAACGCCUGCGCCAACCUGGCCAAGGACAGGGGCGGCAGAUACAGACACCGCAGGCUGCAUACACUGUCCUGAUACACACACACACACACACAGACACCAC